AAAAAAUUAAAACAUUAACUACAUAAUGUCAGAACUAAUUGUAAUCAAUGUUAUAAGCCCUGAAGGAAAUACUGCAAGUUUUAAUAUAACACCAGAUAUGACUAUAAAUAAAAUUAAAAACAUUGUAAUAAAACAUUUUUAUGGUGAUGAUGAAUCAAAAAAGCUAAUCAAAUUUCGUUUAAUUCAUACAUUUAAAUUUAAAUGGCUUAUAGAUGAUUACAGUGUAACUGAUGAGGAAAUUAAUAAAAAUGAUGAAUUAAUGUUAAUAAAUAUUCGUCCAACAUCUAUAAAGGAAAAUUUAUCUGAAGACACUUUGAAGGGUCCCAGUGAAGAAGUAAUAUUACAAGCAACAAAUGAUUUACAUAUAAGUAAUGCACCUCAACGUAUUCCAUUUCUUCAUUGUCCUGCAGAUUUUCAGAAUGAAAUACGGACAAUUUUGAUAACUCUUGUAAGAGCAUCUGCAAAAAUUAUAAUGUACAGUCCAGAAGCACUAAAAUUUUACAAAAUUUUAAAAGAAAAAUUAGAACACAGGUACAAACCAAAAUGGUUAAUAGAACACCAAAAUGAUCCAGAAGAUGAGGAUGACUUAGAUUUGGCAAUUUUUGAAAAAGAAUGUCAAAGUUUGGAGAAAGAGGGAAAUCUAAUCAAUAUAAUAGAUCUUUUGCUAGAAAGCUUUCAUCACUAUAAGAAGAUGGAUUUUAAACCCAGUUCUAAAACAGUACAAUCAUUGUUGAAAAUGGGAUUCGAAGAAAAGGCUAUUAUUGAUGCAUUAAAAGUUACUGGAAAUAAUCAAGAUAAUGCUUGCGAAUGGUUACUUGGAGAAAGAAGAUAUAGUUUACAAGACUUAGAUAAAGAACUUGAUUCAGAUAAUCCAAUUUAUGAAGCAAUAAUGAAUGACCCACGCAUUCAACUUACUCUUACAGAUCCUAAUAUGCUACUUGUGUAUUUAUCCCUGUUAGAAACACCAGUUUCUAUAGCUGAACGAAGGUGGGAUCCUGAUGUAAAACCAGUACUUGAUCACAUUAUUACAACGUAUUAUGCUGAAAAACAUAUUCGAUUAAAUCAACGUAUAAUGGUUUAUUAUUUUACAAGUGAAGUUGUACAACCACCAGUAACAUUAUUUAUGGGAGUUGAUAAAUAUGAAAAUGAAGAUCUUAUAAAAUGGGGCUGGCCAGAAGAUGUGUGGUUUCAUGUAGAUAAAUAUUCUUCAGCUCAUGUAUACCUUCGUCUUUGCCCUGGGCAAACAAUAGAUGACAUACCUAGUGCAGUUUUAGAAGAUGCUGCACAAUUAGUGAAGGCAAAUAGCAUUGAAGGAAAUAAAAUGAAUGAUGUUGAUGUAGUGUACACAAUGUGGUCGAAUUUAAAAAAAACUCAGAGCAUGGAAGAAGGGCAAGUUGGUUUUCAUAAAGAUAAAGAUGUUCGUAAAAUUCGUGUUGCAAAACGAAUAAAUACUAUUGUUAAUCGAUUAACUAAAACUAAACGUGCAGAACAAGUAAAUUUAAGAGCUGAAAGAGAGGAGCGAGAUAGAAAUGAACGAAAAGAUAAAAAGAAACUUCUAAGGGAGCAAAAGGAAAAAGAAAAAGCAGAAGAGAAACGACGAAAAGAAGAGGCAGAAAUGAGAAGUUAUAAUUCUUUAUUUAAUACAUCUAAUAUGAUAUCAAAUACAGAAAAUAGUGGAUAUGACUCAGAUGAUUUUAUGUGAUGAAAUUAUGUACAGCAUUUGUAAUUGUGUCUACUUUACUA